AUGGCGACACCAAUUGAUGAGAGUCCUCUUAUUCCGGAGCUUGAGCUUGCUCCUCCUACAAUUUCAGACAGCAGAAAAAGGUUCUCAUAUUACCCUCAAAUUUCUCCGCCAAGUAUCAACAUCGAGAAAUUUUACGUUCCCGGACUCAACACAGCCUCAAAUGAUACUGAAAUCAUCAAAGCCGCAACGAUAUCUUUCGAGCUUUGUUUCUCGUACUUCACAGGCGCCGGCAAGCGCUUCGAGCGGAGGAUUUACUACGAUGACAUUCAAAUGGCUUUCUAUUAUUACGGCACUAACUCGAAUGUACUGAUCGGAAACAUAUCUAUACCUGCGUUUCGUCAAAACCCGUACUCUUCUUUUCGACUUUACCGUUCCCUGAGAAUUGAGACUUUUGGGGUACCUUGGGAUGAAGUUAGAAGAGAGGUUUCAAACGGGGGCACGGCCAGGUUUCAUGUCGGUUUAGAUACAAAAUUUGAGUACUCUACUGGAUGGUGGAAGCCAGAUUUGAAUUUAGGAGCUAACGUUACCGUCAAUGAUCAUGGGAUGAAGACUGCCAAAUACUUGCCACUUAAGGCUAUCUAG